UCUGUGAAUCUCGACGAUGCUCAAGGACCUGCUGCGAUAGAUUAUCGUUCUCUUUUUGAGGAGGAUAAGUUUCACUGCUUGGCUGAUGCUACAAUACAUGAUUUGCAAGAGAAAUUGGAGGAAUAUAGUGAUGACAUCCAAAUUGAUGGUUUUGACAUUGACUAUGCGAAUCAGGUGUUAACAUUUAAUCUUGGGAAUUUGGGUACCUAUGUGUUAAACAAGCAAACACCAAAUAGACAGAUUUGGUUGUCUUCUCCAGUGAGUGGUCCAUCUAGGUUUGAUUGGGACAUCAGUAGGCAAUCUUGGAUUUAUAGGCGAACUAAAGCAAAUUUAUUACAACUUUUGGAAAAUGAAUUGGAACAACUUUGUGGUAAACCUAUAUCUCUUUCAUAAAUUCUUGUAAAUGCCACUACUUUAGUGGCACUGACUUUGGAUGUUGGAUUUAUGCUUGGUUACUUGAUUUCAUUGGGUCAAAUCCAUGAAUGUUGUUUUAUCAAUGUCUUGCUCACUUUUUUGACUGGAGCUUGAAUAGCUAGUUUUCACA